GUUAGCUGUUGGAGGUGAGUUGGGGCCCUGGGUGGUUAAUGUCAGUGAGACCCAAGAAUGUCCAAUACUUGGUGAAAGAGGCAGUUUCCAGGCAAAAUUCCUGUCAUUCCUAGCAAGUGAAGGGAAGACUCUAGCUGAUGUCUCAGGCUGGUUUGGGCCUACUCCAGCGCCACCUGUCGCUCCAGACUUGAACACCAAACUCGUGGAUGCCAUCUCUUCACUUGUGGAGAAAUGCCAAGCCACGCCUAUGGACGGACUCGGCUAUCGUAAACUUCGCUUGUUCUCCGGUGUGAAACCAACUCCACCGGGAAAGGAAGAGUAUGAUGCCUGGGCUGAGCGGACCACUCACAAGUUGGAUGAAUGGCAGUGUUCAGAUAUUGUCAAGAAGCAGAGGAUAGCUGAGAGUCUCAAAGGGCCAGCAGCAGAAAUUGUCCGGUGCUUAAGAGUUAGUAACCCCUCUGUCACUGCCGAUGAUUACCUCAAAGCCCUGGAGGCAGCUUUUGGGACCACAGACAGUGCGGCUGAUCUCAUGGUAAGGUUCCGUGGUACAUUCCAGCAGGAAGGUGAGAAACUAUCAGCAUACUUGUUCCGUCUAGACAAACUGUUGCAUGCAGUUCAUCGUAAAGGUGGGGCUGAGGUGGCCGACCUGGACCGAAUUCGCACUGAGCAGGUUGCACGAGGAGCUCUGUCCCAUGAUCUUGUUGUCAUGCGCAUCCGAACGAUGUAUAAGCUUAAACCUCCUCCAAGUUUCACAGAGUUGCUCCGUGAUGUCCGAGAAGAAGAGGAAAUGAUCCUGGCAAGGCAAAGUGUGGGGAACGCUGCUCUUCCAGCAAUGGUUAGGUGUGUGGGGUGCGCUACACCCUCCCCCGUACCAGUGCAGCCUGAAAAUGUUGCAGUACCUGUGGUAGUGGGGAAUGGUCAGGAAAUAGAACGGCCUGCCGCCCCGGAGAAGACACGUUCCACCAGGUGUGAUAUGCUACGGCAAAGGGAGGCUAUAUUGCCAGAGGGUUUAGUUGGACCCAGUGCUAUUGUCUCGGUACAAAUUGAGGGCAUUUACGCUAAAGCUUUGCUCGAUAGCGGUUCCCAGGUUACUCUACUGUAUCGCUCCUUCUAUGACCAGUAUUUGAAGCACUUGCCUUUGACCCCUAUCGAGUGCCUAGAGAUUUGGAGCCUUAGUGUGGAGCAAUAUCCAUAUGAUGGCUAUCUGUGCGUGAAACUGGAGUUCACUGGAGACGUAGUUGGAGUAGUGGAGACCAUAGAAACGCUUGUGCUUGUGUGUCCAGACCCGGUUGUGAAAGGGGAGGUUUCUGUGGUGAUUGGUACAAACACCUCCAUAGUUAGGAGGCUCUUCCAGUCUUGCAUAAAUCAAAAGGGGGGAAAUUUCUUAGCUACCCUUGCUGUCCACCCAGUAAUAAAAGAAGCAUAUGAGAAGUUCCAGGAAGCUUCUGACGGCCUGGCUGAGGAAAGGCGAGGGACCGUCUGGUUCACGAGGAGCAAGCCUUUCACUCUGGCCCCAGGGGGUGUUGCUACAGUGAUUGGCACUCCAAAGUUUCCUGGGCACCUGAAUAGUCAGGCUGUGGUUGUAGAUCACCCAGAGGAGGGCCCUUUCCCGGAAGGGCUGCUGGUAAUGCCUGUUGUAGAGGAGCCAGGAACUGUCCAGUGCCGUCACCUCGCAGUCACUUUGAGGAAUGUGUCUCAACAGCCGGUGACAUUAAAACGUGGAAUGCCUAUUGCGCACCUAUUCCCAGUGGAUGUGAUGAAUAAGGGGCUAGGUAGGGAGGAGACGAUGCCACAUAUGUCUCAACUAUCCCCCUCCUCUUUCAACUUUGGGGACUCUCCUGUGCCUAUUGAGUGGAAGGAUAGACUGUGUUGGAAAAUGAUGGAGAGGAAAGAGGUCUUUUCUUGCAGUGAGUUUGAUGUAGGGUGUGCUAAGAGUACGCAGCACCACAUUCGAGUGACGAAUGAAACGCCUUUCAGAGAGCGUUCUAGACGUUUACCGCCAGGGGAUCUAGAGGAUGUGAGGAAACAUCUCCAUGAUCUGAAGGAGGCUGGAAUCAUCUCAGAAUCUCGGAGCCCUUACGCUUCUCCGAUAGUGGUGGCUCGGAAGAAAAACGGAACCAUACGUAUGUGUGUGGACUACAGAACCCUGAACAGGAGAGCAAUUCCUGAUCAGUACACAGUCCCUCGGGUGGAGGAUGCUUUGGCUUGCCUGAGUGGUAGCCAGUGGUUCAGUGUGCUGGACCUCAGAAGUGGUUAUUAUCAGAUCCCUCUGAGCGCAGCAGACAAGGAAAAGACCGCAUUCAUCUGUCCCGCAGGAUUUUACCAGUUUGAGCGGAUGCCACAAGGGAUAUGUAGGGCCCCAGCAACCUUCCAACGGGUCAUGGAGCGGACUGUAGGAGAUAUGAAUCUUCUGGAAUGCCUAGUGUAUCUUGAUGACAUCAUUGUAUUUGGGCGAACAUUGGAAGAGCAUGAGCAGCGUCUUCUAAAGGUGCUGGACAGACUAAAGGAGGAGGGACUGAAGUUGUCUUUGGACAAGUGCCAGUUCUGCUGCCCUUCGGUGACUUACCUUGGGCAUGUUGUGUCCAGAGAUGGCAUUGCUACAGAUCCCUCGAAGGUUGACGCAGUAAAGUCGUGGCCACGCCCAGAGAGCAUUACUGCUCUUCGCUCUUUUCUUGGGUUUUGUGGGUACUACAGACGGUUUGUGAAAGAUUUCUCCAAGGUCUGUUAUCCCUUAAAUCAGCUGCUGCAGGGCUGCAUCGUAGCUAGAGGACCAAGAAGAGUGGCAGGGGCUAAGACUGCCUCUCAAGAUGGAAGGAAACCAACAUCAGGUCUGUGUCCAAAGGAGUGGCACCACCCUUCAGAGCCGUUUGGUCCUAGGUGGGAUGAGGACUGCGAGAAAGCUUUUGAAACGCUAAAACGGAGUCUCACAGAGGCCCCAGUUUUGGCCAUCGCCAAUCCAGGACUGCCUUAUGUGCUACAUGUUGAUGCUAGUAGAGAAGGUUUGGGGGGUGUCCUCUAUCAGGAUCAGGGAACGGGCCUGCGCCCUGUGGCUUUUGUCAGCAGAAGCCUCUCCCCAGCAGAGAAAAAUUACCCCACCCAUAAGCUAGAGUUUUUGGCAUUAAAGUGGGCGAUUACCGACAAGCUGCAUGAUUACCUCUAUGGAGCUAAGUUUGAGGUGCACACAGACAAUAACCCAUUGACUUAUGUCCUGACCACAGCCAAGUUGGAUGCAGCAGGGCAUCGAUGGCUGGCGGAACUGGCCACAUAUGAUUUCAGCCUGAAGUAUCGCCCCGGGAAGCAGAAUGUUGAGGCAGACGCCUUGUCACGGCGCUCACAUGUCCAUCCUGAGGCAUCUCAGGGGAGGGGGGCCAUGCCAGCUGACUCAGUCCAAGCUAUCUGCCAGAUGUCCUCAGUCAGACCACCUCGCUAUCGUCACUGCAGAGCUGUUGAUCUCAUGGGCUCAUCAAAAGGGGCGGUACCCAAAGCCUAUUGCAACUUGUCUUUCCUGAAUAUUCAGCAGCUGCCCCAACUGACUCCAACAGACCUCUCACAUUCACAGCAGAAAGACCCCUGCAUUGGCGAAGUGUGGCAUGCGGUUAAUCAGAAGAAUGCCGAACAUGCCAACAAAGGGAGACAUCCUGAUGUGUCUUUGCUGCUGAAAGAGUGGGAUAAGUUACAGGUUGUGAAUUCCGUAUUGUACAGGAUGAGUAAGCCACCCAACAAGCCGCCUCGCCAGCAACUGUUGCUUCCCCAAGAGUUCAGAGAGACAGUACUCCAGUCUCUACAUGACCAGUCAGGCCAUCUUGGGUUUGAGAAGACCUAUGGGCUGCUACGAGAGAGGUUUUAUUGGCCUCGCAUGAAGACACAGGUUGAAAGGUACUGUAAAAGCUGUCUCAGGUGUAUUCAGAGGAAAACACUGCCCAAGAGAGCUGCUGAGUUGUCGCAUCUUCACAGUGAUGGACUGAUGGAUCUCGUUUGCAUGGAUUUCUUGACGAUUGAGCCUGAUUCCAGCAACCUCUGCAACGUGCUUGUGAUUACAGAUCACUACACCCGCUAUGCUCAAGCUUUUGCAACUAGGGAUCAGAAGGCGGAAACUGUCGCUAAGGUUCUGUGGGAGAAAUACUUCAUCCACUAUGGGCUACCCAAGAGGGUGCACUCUGAUCAAGGCAGGGAUUUUGAGAGUCGGCUCAUCCAUGAGUUGUUGGGCAUGCUCGGCAUAAAGAAAUCAAGAACUACACCUUACCAUCCUCAGGGCGAUCCCCAGCCGGAGCGGUUUAACCGAACUCUGCUUGAUAUGCUCGGGACCCUUGACGCACCAGACAAAAGGAAAUGGGGUAAACACAUUGGCUAUCUCGUACAUGCGUACAACUGCACGCUGAAUGAGUCAACCGGCUAUUCGCCGUAUUUCCUAAUGCUUGGUCGAGAGGUUAGGUUGCCAGUAGAUGUGGCAUUUGGAGCAUCGGGUGACGGUACCUCCAACAAAUCCUAUACAAGAUACGUCAAAAACAUGAAGCGUGAGCUUCAAGCUGCAUAUCAGUUGGCUGAGAGUGUGCUGAAGAAGAGGAAUGAAGGGAACAAGCGACAGUACGAUCAGAGGGUCCGUUACUGCCCUUUAGCCCCUGGUGACCGCGUCUUGAUUCGAAAUCUUGGACUACAAGGGAAGGCCAAGCUUGCUGACCGCUGGAAGGACACCCCUUAUAUUGUGGAGGAUCAACUUCUUGGGUUGCCUGUGUUCAGAUUGAAGCCAGAGGGUGAAUUGGGCCCUGGGAAAGUACUGCACCGCAAUCACAUUCUGCCUAUUGGGCAGGAGGUACGGUGGCGGUCUGAAAAGACUACAGAGGCAUCCAAAUUUAAAAGGAGGGCUAGUAAGCGGCUCCAAACAACGAGAGAUGAGAGUUGUGGUCGCUCAUGCUUGCCAGCGGUUGAACUGGAAUGUGCAAGGGAGCCUGAGUCUGAUUCAGAAGAAGAAGAGACGGGGGUCUGGUAUGACUGUUAUCCUCAGAGGAGGUCACCGGAGCCAGAGCCUUUAAGCAGUGGAUCUGUUGAACUCUUUGACCUGGAUUUGGGUCUGGAUGUUCUCACGAAUGGCUCAGGCCUGGAAAUGACUGCGGUUGAGGGGCCGGCACUGAUGGACGUGGAUGGACCCACUGCAACUUGUAGGACGGAUGUUCCGGGAGAUGAAGUCGAGUGUGGUGCUGGGGUACGGACAGCAGAAGAAGUGAGUGAGGGACAGGAUAAUGUCGCAGAGAACUCGGCGGGGUCUGCGCGGCCUCAGCGACUGAGAAGGGCCCCUGCCCGACUCACCUAUGAUAAGCUGGGGAGCCCCACUACAGUAGCUGUUAGCACACAUAGAGCUAUUUCAGUUAAGGUUGGGGAAGGUUUCACUAGUUUCUCUUCACCUCCUAUCCGGAGAUACACCAGCACUUUGUACAAGUGGAUAGAUUGAAGGGAAUG